AUGCCUAUUCUCUCCGGAGGCAGUGACCAAGACUAUAGUAACAUUAGCUAUGCUUCUUGUAAUUCCUUGAGCCAUUUCUUUCCUGUCUCCGUUGAAACUCCUUCUGUCAAAGGGGUUCAUUACCAAAGAGCCAAGAGGAUUUACCACCCCGAUCAAGUCUCUGCAGUCGAUCUAAAGACAGAGAUCAUGAUAAAUGUUGGAGGCAUCAAGUACCUGCUACCUUGGAGUACUUUAGAUGAAUUUCCCCUGACCAGACUGAGCAAACUUAAGCUUUGCAGCAGCUAUGAAGAAAUCAUUCAGCUGUGUGACGAUUACGAUGAAGACACGCAUGAAUUCUUCUUUGACAGGAACCCCAAUGCUUUUGGGAUGAUUGUCAGCUUUCUAGCAGCAGGGAAGCUGAUGCUCUUAAGAGACAUGUGUGCCUUGUCUUUUCAGGAGGAGCUGAGAUACUGGGGGAUUGAGGAAACCAACCUGGAGAACUGCUGCUUUCGAAAACUAUUUCAAAAACUGCAGGAGUUGGCCGAGGUACGGAAAGAAGAGGAGCUCCGGAGGAGCAAAGAAGCUGCGUGUGUCUUGGAUGAGAAAACAAAAUUCGGACAGUUUAUGAACAGACUCAGAGAUAUGGUAGAAAAUCCCCAGUCAGGAAUCCCAGGCAAAGUCUUUGCUUGUCUCUCCAUCCUCUUUGUGGCCACCACAGCUAUAAGCCUUUGUGUUAGUACAAUGCCAGAUUUAAGAGCUGAAGAAGACAGGGGUGAGUGUUCCCAGAAGUGCUAUUACAUCUUUGUCAUAGAGACCAUCUGUGUGGCUUGGUUUUCCCUGGAGUUCUGCCUCCGAUUCAUUCAAGCAAGGAGCAAGUGUCAAUUCUUCAAAGGGCCCCUGAAUAUAAUUGACUUCUUGGCUAUUUCACCCUAUUAUGUCUCCCUCAUCUUGGCAGAGGAUGACUCAAACGAGGCGGAUGACAGGCCAAGCAGCAACACAUAUUUGGAGAAGGUUGGUUUGGUGCUACGGGUUUUACGUGCCUUGAGGAUCUUGUAUGUAAUGCGCCUUGCCCGGCACUCCUUGGGCUUGCAGACUUUGGGCCUCACAGUUCGGAAAUGCACACGAGAAUUUGGCCUGCUUUUACUCUUCUUAUGCGUGGCUGUCACUCUAUUCUCUCCUUUGGUCUAUCUUGCCGAGAACGAAUCAGGCAAGGUGCUUGAAUUCACAAGCAUACCUGCCUCUUACUGGUGGGCCAUCAUUUCAAUGACCACUGUGGGGUACGGAGAUAUGGUACCGCGGAGCGUCCCAGGCCAGAUGGUAGCUCUGAGCAGCAUCCUCAGUGGGAUUCUCAUCAUGUCUUUUCCCGCAACAUCAAUAUUCCACACUUUUUCCCAUUCCUACUCGGAGCUGAGGAAGGAACAUGAACGAUUGCAGUCUCGGGUAAACAGAGUAAAAAAUGCCAAUCAUUCUGGCGAAAGUGACACCUUCAAUGACACAGACAGCUUGAUCCUGGAGGAGCCAGCAUCACCGAUCAAAUACAUUUAUACGGGGAACUAA